CCAAGGCACUUGCCACACAGGUGGCGGCCAGAAAGUUUCUAGCAGACCUAGGGUCAGCACCCUACUGGCCUAGAUCUGUGUGACUAAACCUUGCUGUCAUGUUUUCACUUUGUUUCUGGGCUACAUUGUUGCUGCACUGGCAACAGAUGUACCUGCCCAUCCUGGCUGUCCCACAGCCAGACUGGACCCCCGUACCGAGUUCACCUGAACUCUGAGCCCCUAGCAGCUAAUAAGCCCUCUUCCCUCAACUCUGAACUCCUGCUUGAAUCACUCACUGCUCUUACUCCCCCAGAAGACCCUGGAGGCUUUGUUCACCUGGAUUCCUCAGUGCCCACCAAGAUGUUGUCUCCAUCUCAGAGGUUUGCUGGACAGCUGUCCCCACAGCUGGAUAAGGUUGCUGCCCCACAUCAAGGUCUGAAUGCCAAGCUACCUAGGUGAAAGAGGCUCCAAAAACUGGUUCUGAUGGUAGAUGGGGGUCAGAAUCAAUUUCUAGCUCUACCUCCUUGCCUCAAAAGGAAGAUCCAGACUUCUUGGCUCCAUCACACUGCAGGCCACCAGGCAGGUGAAGUACCUUUUGUACCUCUGGACAGGCAGCAGUCAAAAGCAGCAAAGUUUCUUUCACACCUGAACGAGGAGGAGCAGGAUUGGCAUCAGCAACUCCCUGAGGUGGUGGUUGGAACUCCACAUCAACUUGAAAAACCUAAGUUUCAGGAGCAAAUCUCCCAAGAGAAGGAUAUCUACACAAGUAUGGAUGGAGGUGAGCAUGACAGCCUUGAUCUGGAGUCUCAGGAGAACUCAGAAGAGCCUCCAGAGGCCCCUGCACAAACUACACCUCAAUUCCAGCUGGAGGCCCAGAGUCUCCACCCAGAGAUGCCCCAGGUGCAAUCCUUUUCUCCUCAGCAAGAAACAACAGCUCCUUUCUCACAGUGCCCUGAGGAAGGGAAACCUUCUUCCACCCAGGGUCAGCCUGACCUUGCUGCUGAGGAGGGUGUGGAGCAGCUGUCAGUGCCACAGGAGGUAAAAGCUCCAUCUCUGGGUAGGAGGGAAGUGUGUCAUUCACAGGAGCUGGGGGUCACAGUUAAUGUGCUUGUGAAGAACAGGAGGCCCACACCGGCUGGGAAGGAGGCUCAACCUCCCCCACACCACCAGCAGGCCCCAUCUCCACCCCUAGAACCUCCUGAGGAGGUAGAGCUUUCUCCGACUCAGGCGGUGGACCCAUCUCAGCAUCCACAUGAGCCACCCAGUGAGAGUGUAGCUCCCCCUCCAGCCCAAUAUGAUAUUACAGUUUCAUUCCAAGGGCAGAACCAAGCUGUGCUGCCAUCAUUGCCCAGCGUCACAUCUGAUUAUUUGGAUGUGGAAGCCACUAUCACUCCAGUACACACUGCAGAGGGUGAACUUCCUACUGGCCUCCAGAGGUCUGCAGCUGUUCAGGAAAGGCCCGCCGAGGUGACACUUCCACCACCAAACCUGAUUCUGGGCACAGUUGGACCUGUGCCUGCAGACCAGCUGAGUCUGUCACUCAACCUCCAGUGCCUCCUGAGAUGGGUGCUCCAAGUCCUGGUCAGGAGCCCACUCAACAUCACCCAUCACUCCCAGCCACAGGCCCACCUUCCCACGUGGAUCCCAGCAGCACUGCUGUGCCCUCCACAGAGGCUGCACACUCUCCAUCCCUGCAGAAAUCUACAGCCCCUGUAACAUGGAUGCGGGUGAUGCUGCCACGCCCAGACCAGGUUCAGGCUCAGCAUCCAAUCCUGACUGAAGUCACCACUCAACCAUUGGAGGUGAAGGCUUUGUGCUAGGUGCACAGAGCAGCAUGACACACAAGGACAUAGAAAUCUCAGUGGAAACUCUCUGACUGAAUUAUGAGAAGACUCCUUUGCAGGCCUGCUGUCCCUGCAGUACUUAGAUUUAUCCUGCAAUAAAAUACAUUCAAUUGAAAGAGGGACAUUUGACUCACU